GCAGUAGUGCAGUGGACGCUCGGCGUCAGCAAGGAGCGCGCCACAUGUCCGUGUCCGGUGUCCGUCCGGUGUCGCUUGCCACGCGGUGACACGUGCGCCACGCCUCGCACGUCUCGGACGUCAUGAAGCACGUGUUCAAAGUGGGCGAUGCCGUUUUUGCCAGGGUUGCGGGCUUUGAGCCCUUCCCAGCCACCGUGGAGAGUGUUCUCUUAAAUGAAUCGGAUGCCUCUGUUUUUUACUAUGUGCGCUUUAAUGGAGGGUCGGAAACAGUCCCAAUUGAUGCCAACAAUCUGUUGUCAUUCACAGAAAACAAAAAACUUUUCAAAUUUAAAUACCAUGACAAGGAUUUAAGAAAGGAAGCAGAGAUAAGGACUGAGGCACUUCUUGGUGCUGAAGACGAUAUUCCAGAAGUCCUUAUGAACUUUGUAACAGUUGACAGUGAUUUUGAGGAAGUAUCGAAUGAGACAGUGAAGAGACUUGGCCUGUACAGCGUAACGCUGACGCCUAACAUGGUGAAAAGCUUAGGCAGCAGGCUAUCAACAAUUCAUUCUAAACAACAUGAAUUAGAAUAUGAAACAGAGGAUGAAAUUGUAGAUGUGGAAGAUGUCCCUAAAAUCAAUGCCCGUAAAAAAACUAAAUCUAACCCACUCACAUGUCCAGGUUGCAAAGUUAGGUGGAGGACACAGUUUGCUUUGGAAGCACACAUGAGACAAACCAAAUGUGGAUCCAUUGUAAAAAAAGACAGGUCUUUGAAACAAAUUCAAGAGGACAACAGAAACAAAGACCACAUGAUGAGGAAAAUGUGGGCCAGUAAAUCUGCUUCUGGUUAUUACAACUGUAAAUUAUGUUAUAGAAAAUUUCGAUCGAAAGGUGAGGCUCAAGCACAUAUGUCCAGUAAACACAGUGGUGUUAUGAAGAAUGUUAAAAUCAAAAUAGAUGAUAACAGUGAUGUCAGCGGUUCAGAUUCUGACUCUAUGUCCCAGAGCAGAAAUGCUGACAAACAUAGCUCAGAUUCAGAUUCCAUAACUCGAAACAGGAGUGCUGAUAAACAUUGUUCAUUGGAGCGUGAAAGACGAAGAGCACUUGCUACCAAAUUUGAAGCAUUAGCUGAUAUUUUAUCACUAGAGAAGGGAUCUUCUAAAGUGAAAAUACUGGCUUUGGCUAAACAGGAAAUUGUAAAACUUGAGAAGCAAUUUAGAGAUACAGAAGUGCUAUUAGAGGAACUGAAAAUCUUAAAUGAUGAACUGAAGACCCAUCAUUUAAAACUAAAACAAAGUUGACCUUGUCAGCAAUUGUCAAUCAUGUAACAGACUACUUCUUUGCCCCAGUAGCGCCAAUGCACUUAUGCUCAUCAAAUGUGCUUUAUGUGCCGCCCCUGGGAUGUUCAUAUGACUGAAUGUAUACAUAUUAACUGUACUUAAUCAAAUUAAAGAAAUAAAAUUAUUUUGAAGGUA